UUUUCACUUUAUUUGUUUUCCAUCAAAAUUUGCAAAAAUUCUACGUAAAAUCAAAUUAACUUUAGAACACCGUAAAAGGAAAUCAAAACACAAACAACUUACAUUAUCUGGAAGCACAUCAACACUAACAACGUUCAGCAAAACUGAAGUGUUUACGACCACAAACGAAUUAUCAAACGAGAAUAUUCAUCCUCCAAACAUGGAUACCAAUAUAAACCGUGUGCUAAAUCAAACCUUGCGUCAUCCAUUGCAUGGACUGCUAUUCAAAUAUACCAAUGUAAUGAAAGGUUGGCAAUACCGCUGGUUCACGGUUGAUUCACAGACCGGUACACUGAGCUAUUAUUUGUGUGACUCUUCUUCGACUGGUGAUGAAUCAGCACCAUCGGCACAGGUGCUAGCUGGCGCUCCACGCGGACAAGUACAUUUGGCAGGCGCCGUAGUUUGUCCUAGUGAUGAAGAUUCGCGGACCUUCUCUAUCGGCUGUGCCUCUGGCGAUACAUUGAAACUACGUGCAGCUGACGCACGUUCACGACAAGAAUGGGUUGACGGAUUGCGAGCAGUCGUCGAGAGUCAUACGAAAGCUAUGGAUAUAAGUAAUUCAUCAACACUCCCACCGCGAGAACUGUUGGCCGCUUCGGACGCAAUGGUAUCAGCGAGACAAGCGCUCUACCUAACCGAACAAUGCAAUGCCGCAUUAGCGCGUUCAAUCGAGAACAUUGAAUGCGCGACGUUUUCGCCGACAGACCCGGAUUUACUUUUACUAAAAGCCAUUUCAACAGCCAGCACACAAUGUUUGCAUCAGUGUUUAAGCCUAUUGCAACGACAUGAAGAGACUCACAGCACUAGCAUGGAAUCUGCGGGUGUUUACUAAGCGAUACAUAAUAUAUAUUAUAAUAAUAUUAUUGUUAACACGAUUGUCCAUACAUGUGUACAUACAUCUAAAGCUGUAUUUUGUAUAAUCAACUUUAAAUGUUUAUAAAUUUACGUUAUAAUUGAGCGUUAAUACAGCUAUAUAUAAUAUACAAAAAGACAUAUAUACCACAUUGCAAUAUAUCGCAUGAAAUCAUAGUUAUAUAAUCAUAUAAAUUUAGGUACUAAAACAUUCAAAGAAAUUAAAUAAACGCACACUUAUUAAGCCAAAAAUUGUAACAAAAAACAUGGGUUGUAUUUUAUCGUCGUGUGUGCUUUACUGAUAUUUUCGAAAAUUUUAAUUUUCGUUCAUAUACUUUCGUUUUUACCG